UACGUUUUGUUGUGGAUUGGUUAAGUUGUUGUCUUGUUAUAUUAUAGUAGGUCUUGGUUACUUUUUGAAAGUUAAUAAUUAUUAGGAACGAGUUUUGUUUUGACUACAGUAUUAAAUUAUUACUAUAGCAGGUGCCAGUAAUUAUUUGAUUUUGGUUUCCACACCUACAUUAUUAUGUUUGAAUCAGAUGAUUUUGACCAAGUGUUAUCUCAAUUUGAAUUUCCCGAAGACACAUUAGCAGUAAACAAGAACAAUGCUGGAAGUAAAUGUGGCUCAGACAACACAAAUCUAGCGAAACAUGAUUUGGAAACUUCACAAACGAAUGGUGCACGAGUUUUGAAGUUGAAUGAAGAUGUUCCUAGGAAUAUUGAAUUACUUGUGCGGAAUAAUGAAAAUAUUCCUAAUAACAGCAAAGAAAAUGUAGUCAAGAAUGCAAGCAGCGUAAUAUCACCAAAGCAUACAAAAAGAAAAAUGAUAAAUUCAUAUUUUGAUCAUAAAAGUAAACGAAAGUUCCCCGGUCCUGCAGGACUUCUCACAGGAGGAUUUGAAGAGAAUGAAAAUAUUUGUCAAAUUGAACUACUUUCACAGGAUGUUGAUUUUACACAAAACAAUUUGAGAGGUGACUUAUUCGAGUCUCCUUUGUGGGUGAGGUUAUUAGACGAUUUGAAAACUUGGAAUUUACAAGACGUAGAUUCAAUCAAAAUGGUAAAACAGCAAGCUAUGGCUGGAAACUUGAGAAGAAGGAAAGCCCAUACAAUUACUGCCUUUGUUGAGACAGUGGACAGAUCUGUCACAGACCCCCUAAUUAUUAUGAGGGAUACCACAGGAAAUAUAAAAGGCACACUUCAUAGAGAUGCAUGGUCAUCAUUUUCAAAGUACAUAGCUUCUGAAUAUUGUGCCUUUAUCUUAUGGAAGCCUACAAUACUUACAACAGGCAGUGCUUUCAAGAAGCAUUACCUGAAUAUAACAUUAAGUAACAUAUUAGCUGUAUAUAGCUCUACUGUUCUGGCCGAUGAUGCAGAAGCUAAGCCUUUACCUGAUGGAUAUAAAAUUGUUUACGAAGAAGACUACACUGUGAUAAAAACUGAAAAGAAUUUGAAUAACAUAGGUUCAGAUGAAACAGUAACAAAUGGUUUUGAUACUAAUGCCACCGAUUUACUAGAUGAACUGGAUACUAUAUUUUCUGAUGAUGUAUUUUAGUGAUUAGCUUUAUUGUCUACCUCAAAACUAAAACUUGUUCUUUAUUGACCGAAAUUAAUGACCUAUCCAAAGAUCGAUUUUUGACAGAAACUAUAAAACUAAUGUCAAAAAUCACAGAUUCUGGUUUGAGAUAGGUUUUUAAUUUCAGCUGCAGAUUAUAGUAGGUAUUAUUCAAUGUCUUGAUUGUUUGAAUUUUUUAUUAAUGAUUUAUCCAAUAAUAAUUAUUGAUGGUGCUAUUUUGUGUAGCCUCAAUUGAUACAUGUUAUAAUGUGUUUGUGAUUAUUCUGUGGUAAAAUAAGAAUAAUAAAACAUUACAAUUA